CGCUCUGUUGGAGGACUUUUUAGAACCCCUAAACUUUUGUGUGUAUUAUUUUGAGUUUUCCGAACUUUUUUGCUAACUUCAAACAGUGAUAUAAUAAGAAUAAAUAAAAUACAAUGAAUUUACUAAAACUAAUCAAAUUCUCGAUUUAAAAGAAUUUUUCCAAACUUUAUGGUAUAGGAUAUAUUUAUAAAAAUGGCCGGUCCAUAUUUAUCUCCGUUGCCAGGAGACCUUUUGACUGAGUACAUGUUUGGGAGGCGUCGUCAAAGGAGGAACAGGACUACCUUUACCCCUCAACAGCUGAGCGAACUCGAGUCGUUGUUCCAGAAAACACAUUACCCCGAUGUGUUCUUACGGGAGGAAGUUGCUUUGAGAAUCAGCCUUUCGGAAGCAAGAGUCCAGGUAUGGUUCCAAAAUCGUCGCGCAAAAUGGCGGAAGCAAGCUCGACUGCAACUUCUUCAAGAUGCGUGGAGAAUGCGAUGCUUGGGGCUUGGCACUCCGCCUCUUGGUUUACAAGGUCACACGAAGCCACCCGAUUCAUCACCGGAAGGAGGAGAAUCACCCACACAGAAAGAAUCACCGGAGCCAAUCGAAAGAAACGGAGAAUUAAAGUCUCCACACCCAGAACAAUACCAUCAUAAUGGCAAUCUCACAGAGAACAUGCCGUCAAUGCCAACACAUGAAAUUCCUCCAUCUAUGCCGUAUGGUGAAGAUGGAAGAAUGAUGCAGCAACCUUUUCCGUUUCCACCGAUGCUAAUGCCACCACAAAUGGACAAUUCUGAAGUUGCUCCAACAGACUUAAGAAUGAUAACAAAAAACCCAUGCCAUUGUGGAACCUCAGAAGACAUAGAUGAGCCACAAAACCUUGCAUAUCGCAGACGAAACGAUGAGGCGAGCGACAGUGAAAGUGAUACAGAAAUCGAUCUCACAUCGCAUUCUAAAGAUGACGACUUGCGCGAAUCAGAACGACUGGCAAAGAGAAUAGCCACAAAUAUUUUUAGAAGUGACACAGUUUUACACGAAUUGUUACCUAACGACCUCAGUAUGGGUGUAAAGGGUAUCAACGACAGAAAUAUGAAUAGGAAUAACAUAAUGUAACUUUAUCUUUAGAUGUAUAUGUAUGUACUGUUUCUAGUCAAUAUUAUAACUGUAUUUUAUAGAUUUGUAGAUAUGUUUAUUUUU